AGAGGGUCGCUGUGGAAUGGAUGUCCCCCGAGACGCGCUACCACGUGACUGAGCCUAGCCACGUGACUGUGCAGCAGAUGGCAUGGGUACCAGCUCUGGCAGUUGGCAUCAGUGUCAUUUCUCUGAGAGAUAGAAAGAGAGAAUAAAAAAACGACAGAGAAAAGGGAGAAGAUGAGAGGAGCACGCUGACAUUCCCCGCGGCGAAGGAGAGUGCGCUGGCGCUGAAAUUAAAAGGACGUGGAAAAUGAAAAUUGAAUGCUGACACACAAUCCAAGACAAUGCUGACCUUGCCCCUCGAAGACGACGCGAUGAUGCCGGAGACGCGAUUCGGUGCAGAUUUCGCACAAGACUGCGUCGACGAGGCGAAGGUCCGAAAGCGUGAUCCUUUCCGUGGGAUUGAAACGGUGCCUGGCGCGGAGAACAAUAAAAACGACCCAGGGGAAGAGUCGGAGAGGGACGGAGACGGGGCCGGGGACGAGCUGGAGGACGGACAGGACGAGAGCGGAUAUCCCAGGAGGCGAGGACCGCGGAGGAAGAAGAUGACGAAGGCGCGGUUCGACAGGGUGAAGCUGCGGCGCAUGGAGGCCAACGCCCGGGAGCGGAGCCGGAUGCACGGCCUCAACAGCGCGCUGGACACCCUGCGCAAGGUGGUGCCCUGCUACUCCAAAACGCAGAAGUUAUCCAAAAUCGAGACCCUGCGACUGGCGAAGAACUACAUAUGGGCUCUGUCUGAAAUCCUCAGCACCGGCAAGAGGCCCGACCUGUUGACCUUCGUGCAGACGCUGUGCAAAGGACUUUCGCAGCCCACCACCAAUUUAGUGGCCGGAUGUCUGCAGCUGAACUCCAGAAAUUUCAGCACAGAUCCCAACGGGGAGGCGGCGUUCUCUGGCAGGGCUCCAUACGACGCGUUGUGCCCGCCUUACCACAGCCCCGAGAUGGGAACGCCCGCCGGGCACGGCGCCGUCCCAGCCGACAUCGCCAGGCCGUUCAAAGCGCUGAGCUGCUGUGGCGUUUAUGAGUCCUUCUACGAGAGCGCGUCCCCGGAGUGCGCCAGCCCGCAAUUCGAGGGUCCCCCCAGUCCUCCAAUUAACUUUAAUGGGAUAUUUUCCCUCAAACACGAGGAACCGUCCGAGUAUGGUAAGGCGUGUCACUACGGAAUGCGCUACUGCGCCGUGCCAGCGCGCGGGUCCCACACCUCGAUGUUCAGGGGCUCCUCCGAGUUCCAUUUCCCGUAUGACGUUCAUCCGCGCGGCCAGUCAUACGCAGUGCACGACGAAUUCAAUACCGCUUUCCACAAUUAAUUAGCGCAAUUAACCAAUUUCCCCUCAAUCAAGUAAUUGCUGAAAACAGACGAGACACAGUCUAUUAUUUGAAUCUUGGUUUUAUCGUAUCACAUCUUGUCUAUAUAUCGUUAUGUAGUAAAAUUUCAUAAUUCAAAUGUUUUAAUGGAAAAACGCGAAAUAAAUUCAGUGGCUUCAGCUACAGUGCAAUGUGCAAAAUAUUAUCUUAUUCAAGCCUUUGGUGCCAGCGCUUGAGUUAAUUUGGUAAUUCAGAGUAUGUGAUGCGCUCGGUUGCAGCAAUGUGUUGGCUGUAACUUGCUUUUCAUCCGUUUACAACAAUGAAUUGGAAAAUAAUAAAUAAUUCGGUGUUCAUUUCAGGAUUUAUAGGCUAUGAGUAAUUCCAAGCCGGAAAGCAAUGGCAAAGCUCUCUCUCUCUCUCUCUCUCUCUCUCUCUCUCUCUCUCUCUCUCUCUCUCUCUCUCUCUCACUCUCUCUCU